GACUCGGAGGAGAAAAGUAUCAAAGUUCUUUACAGCUUUUGUUUCCCAAAAGACAAAAGAAGAAGAAAUUUCAAGUAAAUUACAGAGACUCAAAUGGAAGAGGAGAAGAAGAUUAUGCACUACAGCAGCUCUCAGAAGAUACUGUUAGUAGGUGAGGGCAACUUCUCUUUUGCUGCUUGCUUAGCCACUGCAUUUGGCUCUGCAAACAACACUGUCGCCACUUCUCUCGACUCCAGAGAGUCAUUUAUGGAGAAGUACCCAAAUGCAGUGAGGAAAUGGAAGAAGUUAAAGGGAAAGGGAUGUGUAGUACUGCAUGAAGUGGAUGUGGAUACCAUGAGCCAACACCCUCUGCUAGCUGAUAAACUAUUUGAUCGAAUCGUCUUUAAUUUCCCUCACGCGGGCUUCAUCGGCAUGGAAAGCCAGAGGUUUCAAAUUGAGUUGCAUCAAGAUCUGGUCAAGCGGUUCUUCGCCACUGUGUCUGAAAUGCUGACGGGAAGAGGAGAAGUUCAUGUGACACACAAGACCAGUAAUCCUUUCAGCAACUGGAACAUAGUGAAGUUAGCAGAAGAGGUAGGGUUAUAUCUGGUUGAGGAGGCACCUUUCACGCGAGCGGAUUAUCCAGGUUAUCUCAAUAAGAAGGGAAGUGGGAGAAAAUGCAACCGGACAUUUCGUGUUGGACAGUGUAGUACCUACAAAUUUGCCAAGCUACCACUUCAACUUCUGGUUCUUGAGUCACCUUAUUGAAUUCUUGAUCUGAUUUCGUUCUCGCCUCUGUUCUUCAACAUGUAAACUAUUUUCUUAUUGUUUAAACUUGGGCAUGGAGUAACACAGCAACAAGUCAGCAAGUCAA